GUAAUAUACUGCUGUGUAUCUGUGAGUAUGUGUGGGAGACAAAGACAGAAAUGACGGGUCUGUAUGUUCCAUCUGGCACCUUGUAAACGGAGUCAAGUCACCGCCUCGACUUUAAAGAACUUCACAGCUCUUCUUUUUCUUGUCCAGUGACGAUGCUUCCAUAUACCAUCUCGAUGUUACGGUAGCUGGAUGAUUUGGAAAACCCACAGAGAGGCCAACUGCUGUUUUGUGCUUCCCAUCCAGCCCUCCCUUCAUCUUUCUGUCAUUCUUUAUCUAAUAACCAACGAUAACGGAUGAGGAGAUUGUGAGGACACCACAGGGGGAGGGAUUGAGGGAUGAGGAUGGUGCCGUCGGCCGGGGAGGAUGAAGAGGGAGAGAGAGAGUCGUGGAAUUUCUUGGUGCAUAGCUGUGGUAUCGUCUUGCGCAGCUGAAAAAUGUAUCAAAGUGAUUUUUUCUCGCUGCUGAUACUCCCCUAAUCGCAGGCCAGGAGACAGCGAUUGCAGCACCAGGCCUUCGGUGAGAGCCAGAGCGGGAGCCAUAGAGCGAGCGAGCGAGCGAGUGAGGUGAAGCAGGCAUGAGUGCGGACAGCCAUCAGGGGGUGGUGACCACCCCUCCCCCAUCCGGAGGAGGGACCAAGGAGCGCUACUUCGACCGGGUCAACGUCAAUGAUCCGGAGUACAUCAGGGCCAGAAACAUGUCACCUGACCUCCGGCAGGACUUCAACGUCCUGGAGCAGAAGAAACGUGUCACACAGAUACUACAGAGCCCCGCCUUCAAGGAGGAGUUGGAGAGUCUGAUCCAGGAGCAGCAGCGGAAGGGAAACAACCCCACCGGCCUGCUUGCCCUCAGACAGAUCGCUGACUUCUUCAUGGCCAGCUCAGUGGCUGGCUUCAACACCUCCCCCCUCAGUCUGGGGAUGGUCACUCCCAUCAACGACAUGUACGGAGUGGAAUCCACCACGAUGGUGAAAGGCGAGAAGCUCACGCGUUGUAAACUGGCCAGCCUCUACAGACUGGUGGACCUGUUCAGCUGGGCGCACUUCGCCAACUCUUACAUCACAGGCCGGGUCAGUAAAGAGCAAGACCACAUCCUUAUCAUCCCCAGGGGAUUAUCAUUCGCUGAGGCAUCUGCAUCAAACCUGGUGAAGGUCAACAUCAUCGGGGAUGUGAUCGAGCAGGGCUCCACCAACCUGAGGAUCGACCCUGCUGGUUUCAGCCCCCAUGCUGCCAUCUACUCCAUGCGUCCAGACAUACGCUGCAUCAUUCACGUGCACACUCCUGCCACGGCUGCUGUGUCGUCUAUGAAGUGCGGCAUCCUGCCCAUUUCCCAGGAGGCGCUGAUCCUGGGUGACAUCGCCUACUACAACUACCAGGGCAGCCUAGAUGACCAGGAGGAGCGCCGCGAGCUGCAGAAAGCUCUGGGGCCAACAGCAAAGGUUUUGGUGCUGAGGAAUCAUGGCGUCGUUGCUCUUGGGGAGACCAUUGAAGAGGCCUUUCACUACAUCUACAAUGCCCAGUAUGCCUGUGAAAUCCAGGUGAACGCCAUCUCAUGUGCUGGCAGUGUGGACAACCUGAUCGUGCUGGACCAGGAGAAGUACAAAUCACGAGUGUUCGCCGUGGCCACAGCGGCUGCUGUCAACAUGGCUGGCCAGUACAAGUGGAAGGUUGGAGAGCUGGAGUUUGAGUCUCUGAUGAGGAUGCUGGAUAACCUGGGCUACAGGACAGGCUACGCCUACAGGCACCCCAUCAUCCGGGAGAAGCCAAGGCACAAGAGCGACGUGGAGAUCCCCGCCACCGUCACGGCUUUUAUGUUCGAGGAGGACGGGGACGCCGGUGCCACGCGGCUGCCCUUCAAGUUCUUGCAGCAGCGACAGCAGAGGGAGAAGACGCGCUGGCUCAACUCUCCCAACAGCUACACCAAGGUCAGCGUGGAGGGCGGAGAGGAGCGCUACAACAGCCGGACCACCACGUGGAUGAAGGCAGAGGAGACGGGAACCCCGAUCCGGAUCGAGGACCCAAAUCAGUUUGUCCCUCUCAACACAGAUCCCACUGAGGUGCUGCAGAAGAGGAACAAAAUCAGAGAGCAGAACCGGUUUGAUGUGAUGUCAUCAGGGCCACGCUCUCAGCACCUUGCAGGCAUCCCUGUCGAUGAGCCACGACGGGAUCUGGUGCAGAUAAACGUUCUGCCAUACGUGCCCACAGAGGAGGAGCAGAUGGCUCCCCUGCCUCCCAACCCCUUCAGUGAGCUGUCAGAGAAGGAACUGGAGGAGUACCGCAAGAACGUAGAGAAGAGGCAACUGGGCCUCAGUGAUGGCGAGCACGAGCUAACCUCCGAUGACGGCUCCACUCUCUCUCAGUCUCUGUCUCUCACCCAGUCCCCGCAAAGCACUCCAGCUAAAGAAGAGAACCACACGGGCCUGAUGAACGGCAAAGACGACCACAGCCAUGUGGACGAGGAGCUGUCCAAGCGCGUCAGUCAGCUGACCACCAGCAUUGAGAGCGUGGAGAUCACGGUGCGCUCCGGCGAGAAGAUCGAGGAGGCCCUGUCCCCCGAGAGCUCGCCCUCCAAGUCCCCCAACACCAAGAAGAAGAAGAAGUUCCGCACCCCGUCCUUCCUGAAGAAGAACAAAAAGAAAGAGAAGACGGAGGCCUGAGAUUAAAGGAGUGGCAGAGGCGAGGCAGGCAGGAAGACCGUCUGGCAUAGAGGAAGAAAGAGGGACGGCAGCCACCUUUUCUGUUUAAUGUCUGUGUUUUUAUUUUGUCUCCGUUUUCAAUGUCCUUUUACGUUUUUAAUUUUAUUUGAAUUUUUUUAACAAAAGGUUUUUAUGUACAAAAGGCAGACGAAAGGAUUACAGAAAAAAUGAUUUGGUUUGUAACAAAAAAAAAAGGAAAAAAGAGGUGGGUAUGUGGGUCCACAAAUUCAUACUGCAGCAGAUGUGGGGUGACUAAUUAAAUUUUGGGUGUCUACACACCUGAUCACCUAUGCAGUACUCUAACAGGGCUCCUUGAGUCAUCAAGUGUCAUUUGAGGUCAUUUCGAUCCUGAAUAACUGGCUCCCCCUGUGUCGUUUCCCAGGCUGAGAACAGAACUUGAAACCACAAAUCGUAUUUCCUGCUUCAAAAUCCAAUUUUAUGAAAUGAUUGGAUUGCAACCUGAGUGUUGUAAAACUGCACAAGUUGAAACUAAACCUCUCUUUUUUCUGUCAAGGCUUCCUGGUCUUUUAAAGUUUUGUUUUUACAUUCUGGUCACCUGACUCUGCAUCAGGAACCGAGCGGCCACAUGAAAUUUGAAGUCACACUGGAAAGGGUUUGUGUUGAUUUAUUUACUGUGAGAGAAGUUUUUCUCUCCGCCUCGCUCACUCUCACUCUUCAAGCUUCUUUAGGCGCAGGCUUCUGAUACAAACCUUCUCUUCAGCUGAUUGUGGUUGAACUGCAGAUGAGUUAAAGGUUUGCCAGACUGGACUAGAUAGUGAGGAUGAAGGCUGGGCGGCCUAUCAGAGCUUAGUUGACAUUAUCUCAAAGAGCUGUCGACCCAUUCAAAAUAUUUAUGUAGCAUUUUCUCAUCUUCUCUUCAUCUCAGUGUUUUUGCCAAACUAAAUGGAAGAAUGGAAAAAACAAUCUCAAUAUAGUAAAGCGUCACUGUUUGUGUCCGGUUUGUCAUCUCAUGAAAUUUGAUCUUUUUUUUUUUUUUUUUUUUAUUGAACACAAAUUUGGUAUUAGUCGCCUCCGUUUUGUACUCAUUUCUAAGCUUUUACAGAGAAUACAGAUGUUACGCAUGUUUUCUCUUUUUGCAAGAAGUGAAUUUAUAUGGCUGACUGUUCUGUAGUGAUGCCUGAUUGCUCAAAUUAUAUUCUAAUCCUCAGAGUACGCAAAAUUAUUAUAUAACACAUGAAAACUGGAUAUGUUGGCUAUAGAUUUUUAACUAUAUAUUUUUUAUUUUAUUGUGCUGCACUUUUCUUGUGGUAUAUAACACCUUUUAGUUGCCGGUGGUUUCACCAGUGAAGGAGAUUGUGAAGUAUUUUGGUAAAAGUUGUGCAAGUAGCAAGCAAGGCAUGGUGUCGGAGAACGGUCAGGACCCAGAAAGUGAGUCGUAUGAAGACAGAAAGAAAAGUCUUUCAUUGGUGUCAGGCGUGAGAAAUGAUCUCUACUGCUCAACUCAACAAAAAAACAAAACAAAACAACAAAAAAAAUUUAAAAAAACAGCAUGUGUAGUGCUGAAUACUGCGUCAAACUAUCUGCAGUCGCCAGCUGAAAUGAGAAUCAUGGGUCGUGGAGAGUGGAACUAUGACGUCUUUUUUUAUGGUGUGUUUGUGUGUGUUUUUAAAGCCAUAUUGUAAUUUUUCUUCCAUUUUUAUUUUUUUUAUUUUAUUUUUUUCAAAUGAUGAGACAAGGGUUGCGAUUCUCGUCUGCCUGCUUGGCCAUCAAGGACCCUAACAAGACUUCUGUUAAAUCACCCCAGUGACUGCACAUCAACACCCCUCAGGCUCCCAAAAACUUCUAUUUUCUGUAGCUACAGUCACAGCAGCUACGCUUCCUCGCUUAAUUUGCCAUUUACUUCCUCCUGGAACUGGAACAUUAUAAGGAGGUCACAUGGACAUUUUAUGUUUAAUUGAUCACUCUGCGAGCCCGGCUGUCAUUUCAGUUUCUAAAGUCUCCCCUCGUGUAAUUUCUCUAGUAAACACGAUGGUGUUGUAACUGUCAGAUGACCCACAGUUGAACUCUGCAAAGCCAAAGUGUGAUGGGUUGCCGCAUAUCCUCCCCCCGCAGUUUAACCAGAUGUACCAAUAUCCCAGCUAGCAAUGUGAAGUAUUGGAUUUGGAGGGAGGGAGGGAGGGUUUCGGGGCACAUCUUUAGCUGUGUCAAACGAUAGCUUCUGGCUCUGGGCGAAGAGCUGAGGUCACACAACUGAGAGAUGGAGAAGGGAGGUGUGAGUUUGGAAAUGGAAGUGCAUAUGUGUGUGUGUGUGUGUGUGUUUAGUAGAGAUGGGGCAGGGGGUAAGGACAACCUGACACUAACACACCAUGUUUUUAUCACUCAGACUGUCUUUUUUUUCUUUUUCAUACCAUCUCUCCACCUGGAAAGUUUAUUUUUCAUCCUCCAUUUGUAUCGCAGUACACUCUCUUUUUUCUUUUAGUUUGCAGAGAGCACUAGACUUUUUUUUAAUAACCAUUUUAUGAGCAUUCGUUGCUCCCAGAUGAACUGAAUGUGCAUUGCAUCCUUUUUAUUUUCUCCUCUUCUGUUUCCGACUGUUUGCACCUUGCUUUACUAAUGCCUCUCUAUCCACCUUUUUUUUCCGUUUUUAAAAAAAGAACGAGUUUUGCUUUGGCAUGCCAGAAUGAGCCAAGCUACUUUGUGACCUGUGAAAAUCCUAUAUAAAUGGUUAUCUAAUGGAGUUGCUUUUAGAUGUAUUGCUAAUCAGUGUAAAUUCACAAAUAAAACUGUAUUUUAAGAAACGGAAGCUCAUUUUUCAUGUUUGUGCAUCACAAUUCACAUCAUUCUUCAACUUGUUUUUCAGUUCAACAUAAUCCAUGCACACUCAUUUUACUUUAUACCAUUAUUGUGACUCGAGCAUUUAAGUGACAAACUGUACAUAGUCAGAGGAUGACAAGUUUAAUGCUGCAUUUUUCGUAAUAAUUUCACGGUAUUGUAGAACAGCUUCAUAUAGAAGGACCUAUGCUGAAAUACAGUGUUAAAUGAGCAGGAAAAAACAGUAAAUGGUGCCUUUUUGUCGUUAUUCCUGAUGUUAAAAGAUGAGAAUGAAUAUACUGUCUGUGUGAAUAGUUCAAUCAGGAAGCUACUGCACAUGUGUGGCAAUGACAGCAUGAAUGCAAACGAGGCGGUGACAAUGAUCAUAGCAGGCACAGGAAAUGCGGAAGCACUUGACAGAAAUGGUGUCAAGUGAAAAGUGAGCACACUGACACUUCUGAAGUCGUGCAUUCCUCUGUCAAGCAAAUUGUAUCCAUGGCCAUAAAAAGGGGGCGGGUUGUGUCUUUGGGAUAUAGAGAGACGCACAUGAGCUGCAGAAAAUACCCUGCACAUUACCACAGAUUAACCCUUCUACAUCUUAAUAAAGAGGUAUUUUGUUAUUGACAUACUAUAGAUACUAUUUGUAAUUUUUUUUUACCUGUGAACUCAUGGUUAAAUCAGUGGUUUUGAAACUUGGGCCCAGGACCUUUACAAGGGACUUUGAGAUGAAGAAAUAAGAAAAAAAUCUAAAUUCUGCUACCCCAAAUAAUUUUUUAUCUCUCAGACUUCUCUAAUUGUUGGUUUUUGUUAAGUAAUAUAAAAAAAUAUAUUUAAAUCAAAUAAUUUGACAAGGAAAAAUGUCUCUGUUCAUAGAUAUGCACGUUAUGAAUAUCUUAAAAUAAUCCACCAGUUUAGCAUUGCACUCCUAUUAUCAGGCUCAUGGUGGACAGUUUUUAACUGAUGCAAAAGAACCUGAAAUAUUGUCAUUUUUUAAUCUUCCUUGUCAAAUCUUGGCACUGAUAGUCCAUUACCCACAAUGCAACUCAGCUGCAGAUAGUUAAAUCAGAAAUUUGGGCACGCUAUGCUUGUAGCAGCUAAUGUGGCCUGUAGCUUCAAGCAGAGAUGAGGAGAAAACUGGUAAGCUCAUUUCUAUCUGACGCCACACCACCACAUUUUUAUACACCCAAGUGACGUCCCUUGAGGACAUUUAUCAGGUUUCACACACAGCCUUUUUUUUUUUUUUUUUUGGGCGAUUGUAAAACCUGUAAACAGACUUUAAUGUGUAAAAUUGAUGGAGGUCCCUUUUAAGGAGUCAAAAUCAAAACAGGCUGGGAACCACUGGUUUAAACAACAGUUGUGAGUUCUAGUUUUUACUUUCUGUUUUCACUUUGUUUAGUUGUGUCUACAGCUACAGUCUUCUUCGCUGUUAAUAUCCAAAUCAACUGGACUAUUUGCCGCCACAGCAGAGACGCCUGUCUCAUGUUGGUACUAAGUAGACGCAGCUUGACACAACAUUGCGUCUGUGUUGCACAGUGAGCGUGGACUGUCCUAUACAGUAUCCAGGCAAAUGGGGGACUUUGUGUGCAUGAGAGCAGCCAAUGUGCCUUGACUGCAUUUAUAUCCUCAGAUGCAAAGCAAAAUAUGCAAAACCCACAUCAUGAUAAUGUGUGCUAACUUCCCUGUAAGAUGUCUCUCUCUUGGGUCUUUCAGUAUCAGCCAGUUGACUGAAUAUUAGAAUUAAAAGAGUUUUUAUAUUAUAUUUUAUUUGCCCCCUUUCUUGCCCUUUUACUGUGGCCUCGAGUAAUAAGAAAAUUGUUUAAAAUGUUAUCUUUAUGAUGCUUAGCUUCUGUAGAUUUUAUUGGUGAAGAUGUCCACUUUCUAUCACUUCUUAUCAUGUCUCCUUUUAGAUAAGAUUAGAUAUUUAAACAAAGUGAUGAUGCCUUUUCUCACCUUGGCCUAUUUGCUAAGUUGCUAUCAGCAACAUGAACUCAAUCUAACAAUCCAAUGUAGCCACUUACAAAAUUGUCGUUUUGUUUAGGAAAGUUAAAGACCAGAUGAUUGAGUUUGAAAUUUUCAUGAAUGCAUGAAUAGUUCUAGAGAAAAUUAUCUUAAUGUCAUUUUAGUGAAAGGCAUCAACAUGGACAACACAAACAUAAACAACCACCAAAUGUCAUUUGACUGGAUCUUCAUCUUCUCUGAGGCCCAGUAAGAGACACCUCAGGGGUUAUGUUGGUGAAUGGCGAGAAUGAGAUGAGAGAAAACUGGACUGGCCCCAUUUUAUUCCUCCUCACUCCCCAUGUCUUUAUCUAGGAUCAUUUAAGUUUUACACAUUGGUAGAUUUAGCUUCCAUAUAUAGUAUUUACAACACUGUAAUCCUGUCCUGGCGUCAGUGAAUGUGAUAUCAAUAUACAGCACUUUAUUUGGCAACGUUCCUGAUACAAACAAUAAAAGCCCAUGAGCGAU